CUGAUCAUCAACACCAACAAGACGACAUUGGCUCACUCGAAUGCCUAUGUGCGUUUCCUGGUGGGAACCAUUCGCAAGCAGCCGCUCUUUGCCUGGGUGGCCAUGAAGCCGGUUCGCGUGUGGGACUAUCUUCUCUGGCUGGAUCGGGCCAAUUUCGGUGGGUGCGCUUUCGAGGAGCAUGCCCCGGCUGGCGAUGGUACCGCCACCACUGGCGGCGGCUCCUCCGCGGCCCAGCCUCUGGUGCUGAUGCACUGGAAUAUCCAGCGCUUCUUGCCCCCGCGCCUGGAAGCCCUCUUCCAGUCAAUCAUCCACGAGCUGAUUACCCUGGUGCAUGCACGCAUCGGCGAGGAGCGCACUU